AGCACAGGAGGCAAUCAACCAACCGCGUCGUCGACGGACACCAACCAAUCUAUGGCGGAAAAAGAAGCGGCGCUCUCGCCCGCCUGCGUCGCCUCGUCCGAGGCGGAGACGAUGCGGCCGCGACCCGUAUCGGAUUAGACGGAUAUGGGUUGGCGAGGAAGGAAGGAAGGCGUCCCCUCCCCUCCUCUCCUCUCCUCGCUGUCAUCGUCUCCCCUCCCCCCUCCCCGAAAUCCCCCAACCCUCCGCGCUUGCCUCGCCUCAACCCGCCCUGACUACCCCUCGGUCUUCCUCCUCUCCCCCGUCUGGAUCUCGCCCCCCCCCUCCUCACGGCGCCCCCUCUCGUCCCUGGUGAAUCUUGGUUGUUGGUCUCGCCGCCGCCGCCGGUGCUCCUCCUCCGAUGGACGGCGACGGGGAGGUGCGGCUCGUGAGGAGGAAGGGCAAGAAGAGGCCUCAGCCGCCUGCGCCGUCGGUGGUAGAGAGGGAUGAGGCCGCGAGGGGCAGGUUCGACGCGCUCCGGCGGGACUAUCACGAUUUGCUCAAGGACACUGAGAUGAAGAGGCGGCGGCUAGAGAGCAUGAGGCAGCGAAACCUUGGCCUGCUUGCUGAAGUCAAGUUCUUGCGAAAGAAGUACGAUUCUUUUAUGAAGGAUGAUGGUUUACAGAAAGCACAUUACCGGCUGAAGGAGAAGAAAACCCCGCGAGUUCCAUAUCAUGUUGGAAGCAAUGAUGCUUCAGCACAUUAUGGAGGAACCACUGAAUUUCCAUCUACCAGUAAAAGAACAAAUUUAGACCUAAAUCAAGAUUCUGCAAUGAAUGAUGAGCUUGCUGAUUUCCUCCCGCACCACAACCAUUUGGAACUUAAAAGGCCUGCCCAGGCUGGAUUAGAUGAUGAUAUUGUGGCAGCUGAUGUCAACCUAUCAGCCUGUAGGGAUACAGGGAACUCGCCGGCAAGCGAUGAUAAGAGGAGUGUUGCGUGGCAAGACCGGGUAGUGGUGAAGGUCUAGUCCCUUCCGUAGAUGUGUCUAUGAAAUUACAUCCUUCUCAGAUGAUUAACCGCACUUUCCUAGAUUUUUCUGAAACAUUUUGCAGUUGCUUUGUAUAGAAACAAUUGUUAAGGAUACUCAUUCUUCAGGUAAUACCCCUGUUACAUAACUUGGUGUAUCAUUUGGUUUUACAUGCCUCGAGGCAAGCUCGAUCUGACAUUGUGAUACGAUGAAAUUUUGAAUUGCCUCGCUUUGACUGUGUUUGUCACUCAGAUU